AUGUCGAUUCUGGAUCGAUUGGCCUUCGACGGCAUGCAUACCCGCUACGAAAAUCUGGCAGACGCUGAAGCCAACAGCUUCCGGUGGCUCAUCGAUGCCGAUAUCCCCCUGGACGACAGCCCCCUCCAGUACCAAGCGCGCGAGGCCUUUCUGACCUGGCUCAGGGAGGGUCAGGGCAUCUUUCAUGUGACCGGGAAGCCCGGCGCUGGGAAAUCGACUCUCAUGAAGUUUUUAUCGGACAACGUGCACGGGCGUCUGCAGGCCUGGUCCAUCCCGAAGACUGUGCUCCUGGGGAAAUACUUUAUCUUCAAGCCCAACGCGAAGUCUGAAAGGGCCACGCGCGACUUCUGCAGAGGGCUGUUGCAUUCGCUUCUCGGUCAGGCCCAUGAGCUGAUACCAAUCAUCUUUCCGCAGGAGUGGGAGAACGAUCUCCGAAAUCCAGAUCAAAAGCUCAACCCCUCCCAGGUACAAUCUGCCCUUACUACGCUACGUACUCUUGAUGAUAUCUACAUCGAUCACCGCCUGGUCAUCUUCAUUGACGGUAUUGACGAGUUCAAGGGUUGCCAGAAAGAUCUGUGCCUGCUCCUGAAGGAGUGGGCGCAGCUCAGGCCUCACGGCGUGAAGAUCUGCGUCUCGAGCCGGGAGGACCUCGAUAUCUACGAAACACUGGAACCAUCCGCCACGUUGCGUCUCCAGGAUGUCACCUUUCCAGACAUUCUCGCCGUGGUGCAUGAUCGACUGACGAAAAUCACCAACUACGACACCGUCGACACCCCGGAAUGGCGGGCCUAUCUGGAAUGGUAUAUUGCGGAGCGUUCGGAGGGUGUCUUCUUGUGGGCCGGCUUGGUUCCCGGGAGACUUGCGGACAAAGUGAAAGAUGGG